UGAGAAAAAAUAAUUUUUAUUGUACGAAAUAGCUGAAAAUUAAUAAAAAAUUGUAGAAAAUAAUAAAAUUGUUAAUUUUUUUAUGAUUUUAAACAUCUAUUCAAAUCACUUUUAGAUAGAAUUAUUUUUGCCGCAUUCGUGCGAGGUGGUUUACUCCACCAUUUGAAGGAACGCCAUUGUGAGCCAUAACGACUGUGGUGCAAGAUUUGAGCAAGAAUAAUUGAACAAGUUUACUAAAAAUGGCUCAAGAAGCUGAUGUACCAACUUUCAAAUGUGUGCUUGUCGGUGAUGGAGGUACUGGAAAGACAACAUUCGUUAAACGUCAUUUGACUGGUGAAUUUGAAAAGAAAUAUGUAGCUACCUUGGGUGUUGAAGUACAUCCUUUAAUUUUCCACACAAAUCGAGGGCCCAUUCGGUUUAAUGUUUGGGAUACAGCUGGCCAAGAGAAGUUUGGUGGUCUACGAGAUGGUUAUUAUAUUCAGGGACAGUGUGCUGUUAUUAUGUUUGAUGUAACGUCUCGGGUCACAUAUAAGAACGUACCCAAUUGGCAUAGAGAUUUAGUCAGAGUUUGCGAGAAUAUUCCAAUUGUUUUAUGUGGAAACAAAGUUGAUAUUAAAGACAGAAAAGUAAAAGCCAAAAGCAUUGUGUUUCAUAGAAAGAAGAAUCUUCAGUACUAUGAUAUUAGUGCAAAGAGUAACUAUAACUUUGAGAAACCUUUCCUCUGGUUAGCAAGAAAAUUAAUUGGUGAUCCUAACCUUGAGUUUGUUGCUAUGCCUGCACUUUUACCACCGGAAGUUACUAUGGAUCCACAAUGGCAACAACAGAUCGAGAAAGAUCUUAAAGAAGCUCAGGAAACCGCUUUGCCAGAAGACGAUGAGGACCUUUAGUUCAUUCAAUCGUGCGUAUGGCCUUUAAAAUGGCCUAUUACAAAUGCUCUACUAUCUAGUGAGCUGACAGCAUUUUAUUGGUCUAAAAAAAUUUCUCUUAAUAUAAUAUAAGGAAUAUUUGUUUCGAUUAUUAAUCAGUUAUUAAAUUUUUCAAUAAUUGUUCUUUUUUUCUUAAUAAAAUAAAAGUAGAUAAUACAAAAUUAAUUAUUAUUGCCGUUUGUAAUUAAUUGAAUAUCAUUAUUUAUCACAAAAUGAUCAAUAAUUUAUAAUUAAAGUUAUUUAUUAACUUUAAACAAUUAGAACUUAAAUUAUAACAUCCUUUCAGGUGCUUGAAAUUGGAGGAAACGGGCAUCAAUAAUGCAGUUUAAUUCUCAAAAACUAUUCCAAUUAAAAUUAUAUAAAAUGACAGUCUGUUUAAAGUAAAAUAAUUUCCUAUUUUUCUAAGUAAAUAUUAUUAAUUUGUUUAAAUUAUCACUAGUUUUUCCUUUAAAAUAAAAAGUUGUUCAGUAAUAAAAUAAUCAAUGAAAGUAUAUCACUGUAAGAAAUGGAAAAUUCUCAUUCAAAAAGUGUCAUGUAAAUUAUAGAAUUAAAUCACUUAGAAUGAACGCGAUAGAAACUAUCAAAAAGUGUGUUUGCUUUUGAAUGAACGUUUGAUGAUUUUAUUUGAUACAGCCAAUAUUGUAUGAUCAUGAUCAAUAAAAAAUAUAACUGAAAUAAAAA